CUAGUUAUAAAGUUUUCACAUAUAAUAUACCAACAAUGAACAAUAUUUUAGUACUGUAUUUCAUUGACAAAGCAGAUCGAGAUGUGGAGUAGUUCGUUUUUCUAGUAUAAGAAUGAUGGAAUAAAGGGGAGAAAUGGAUUGAUAUUUAAUGCAGUAAAAUAAAAAGGAUUCCUUAGGUAGCUUUUCCCACGUCAAUAUAUCUCCCGGGCAGGGCAGGGCAACGAAAUUGAAAAGCCUAAGGCUCCCUAACGUGUUGUUUCCCAUGUCCAAAUCUACUUUCCGUAGCCGUAACAACGGGGAAGCUUAAAGGACACGAAACGAAUAUUAUUCCCUAGCUGGCCGCUUUCUUGAUCCAGGCCGGCGGCCAUGCCAAUUCCUUCUGCCUUCCCCUCAUCACGCAUAUAUCGCGAGAUUACACCUUCCAUUCCAACCGGAUAUAUAUGUUACGUACAUAUACAAUAUAUAAUUCCAAGAGCGCAGAAGCUAUGGGGUGUGUAGUGCAGUGGAGGUUUCUUCUCGACAUGUUAGUUGUCCUGCUAUUCUUCUUGCCGCCGCCGCCGGCUGUGGCGGCGGUUGAGGCUGAGCAGAGGAGACGGUCGACGGAAGCAGGGGUACAUUUGGACGUACAGGAAAAACACGCAGUGAUGAGCAACGACAUUCUGAGUGUGACGCUGUCAAUUCCAGAUGGCCUUGUGACUGGAAUAUCGUACCAAGGCGUUCCCAAUUUGCUGGAAACGAAGAACGCAGAAAACGACAGAGGGUACUGGGAUGCCAUUUGGCAUGGCGCAGGAAACGAGGGAGAACAGGACAAGUUGCAAGGCACCAGUUUCAAAGUAGUCUCAAAUAAUGAAAAUGUAGUAGAGAUUUCAUUUACAAGAGAGUGGGAUGCCUCCGGGAUCACUGGAGCUCCCGUAAAUAUUGACAGAAGAUUUGUGAUGCUGUCUGAUUCGCCUGGUUUCUACACAUACUCCAUACUUGAACGUUUGCAAGGAUAUCCAAGCGUGCGUAUGGAAGUAAACAGGGUUGUAUUCAAACUGCGACAGGACAUGUUUCGUUACAUGGCUGUUUCGGAUGACAGGAAGAGGUUCAUGCCGACCCCUGAGGACCGGCUGACCGGCGAGACACUUGAUUAUCCAGAGGCAGUUCUCUUGAAACGCCCAAGCUCUCCAUCUCUUAGAGGACAGGUAGAUGAUAAGUAUUUUUACUCUAGCGACAGCAAAGACAUUAAGGUUCAUGGAUGGGUAUGCACUGGUCCUCCAGUAGGAUUUUGGAUGAUCACUCCAAGCAAUGAGUUCCGCACUGGUGGACCUUUCAAGCAAGAGCUAACUUCCCAUGUCGGCCCUACCACGCUCUCUACAUUUGUUAGUAGGCAUUAUGCUGGGGAGGAUCUAGAUGUCAACUUUCAAGAUGGAAACCCAUGGAAAAAGGUUUUAGGCCCCGUAUUUUUGUAUCUCAACUCAGAUACAGCUGCAGAGAGUGACCCUUCUAUACUCUGGCAAGACGCAAAGAGAAGGAUGGAUCAAGAAGUUGCAAGCUGGCCAUAUGAUUUCAUUGCUUCGGUAGACUAUGAGAAAUCAGAUGAAAGAGGAAUUGUUCGAGGUAGAUUAUUCGUUCAUGACUGGUUCAUUGAUAAACGGCCCGUUCCAGCAUCUUAUGCAUAUGUGGGACUGGCAGCGCAAGGUGCAGCAGGAUCAUGGCAAAGAGAAAACAAGGGGUACCAAUUCUGGAUCCAAGCUGACAACGAUGGGAACUUCUUUAUUAAAAGUGUAAGACAAGGUACUUAUAAUCUGUACGCAACAGUCCCAGGAAGAAUGGGGGACUACAAAUACGAAUUUGACAUCAGCAUUAUACCAGGUUCCAGUGUGGAGUUGGGCAAAUUAGUGUACAAACCUCCAAGAAAUGGAGCUACGCUUUGGGAAAUAGGUGUUGCUGACCGCACAGCAGCUGAGUUUUAUGUCCCAAAUCUUAGCCCAACGCUCAAAGUUAAUGAUUUUGAAGAUGAUGUACAAAACAAGUUUAGAGAAUAUGGUCUGUGGAAGCGCUAUACAGAUCUAUAUCCUCUCAAUGAUCUUGUCUACACUGUUGGAACCAGUGAUUACGCCAUGAACUGGUUUUUUGCUCAUGUUCCCAGAGACCUAGGAAACAGAACAUAUAGAGCAACCACUUGGAGAAUUGAAUUCGACCUGGAAAGUGUAGAUAGAGCAUCAUAUUACACGCUCCAGCUGGCACUGGCAUCCGCUGAGGAAGCAGAACUACAGGUGCGUGUCAAUGAUGGAGAGGUGCAACCCCCACAUUUUACAACUGGGCUCAUUGGUGGCGACAAUGCUAUAGCAAGACAUGGGAUUCAUGGGCUGUAUUGGCUCUUCAGUUUUAGAAUAGCGGGAACAGGGCUUGUUCAAGGCAGGAACAUCAUCUUUCUGACACAGGCAGGAGUCUCCAGCCCUUGGACAGGUGUCAUGUAUGACUAUAUUAGGUUAGAAGGCCCUGAUGAGUUUAGGAAUACUGCAGAUACUUGAAUCUUAUCGGAAUAAAGAAUUGGUUUUUGAAUUUCAAUUGUUGAUUCAAAAAAGGUGGAAUCUCCCAUCCCCGGAGCCCCCCACGCCCGACUCGACAGGGCACAUGAGAAGAUAUAAAUCACGAUGACUGAGUUGGCAAAGCGGCAGUAGGCUCAUAUACUGUGCGCGCCAGAGGUCCAGCCCAUUUUAGAGGCUGUAACCUCCACACGGUCGCUGCGAGAUUCAAACCUUGGUCCUUCAUCCAAAUUUUUCAUCACUCAACCAACUAAGCUACCCGUGCGGGUUGAAUUUCAAUUUUUGUCUACUAUGGAGGGUGAUCGUGAGUCACGAAGAGUUUUUAGUAUUACAAUAUUAUGUAUGACAUUAUAAUUUUUAGAAUAAAAUUAUAUUGCUAAUCAGGGGUGGGCGCGGUCCGGAACGGUCCGGUAAAUUGGUAAAACUCGUAAUGUAUCCGUGAGGUUUUUAACGGUCCGAUACCAUGUCGUUUCGGAACGGUACAAAACGGUACGGUACAAUGCCAAACACAUGCUAAAAAAUUUGAACAAAUCUUGCAACUAGUAGAUAUCAUCACACCAACCAACUCAUAUGAAAUGUUGAAAUAAAUACAAGAAAUUGCACAUGUAGUACUGAAAUUCACAAAUACAAAAAUAAUGCAACACAACUAAGAAAAAGUAUAGCAAAACAAAGACACACGAGAUAAAUAUCAUUUUUAAUUUACUAAGUUCAUGUGAAAAUAUAAAAACGAAAAUCAUCAAAUUGUUGAAUAUAAUAGAUUUCUUCAACGUUCUUCUUCUUCGUUCUAGGUUAAAUAUUACUCCGUAGUUCUAAUGUAAUUUAUAGUUGAACCCUGAGAGCUAAUCUUUACACCAUAUUAAUUAAGUUGUAAAAAUUGCACAAACAUGAUACAACAAAAAAUCUUGUACACUACAUUACCAGAAUUAAAUAAUCAUUAAUGAUUUCUAAAAUUUUAAUAUUCUUUCAAUAUAUACCAAUAUAUAACAUAAAUUAUCUAAAAAGAAAAAAUAACAAUAUAUAUAUAUAUAUAUAUAUAUAUAUAUAGUGAGAGAGAGAGAGAAGAUCAUGUGAGAAGUCCCCCUUAGGCUGAGAAGCUGAGAAGUCUAACUUAUAAGCUCAAAACACGAACUUUUAACCAAUAAAUCAUAACUUAUAGACCCCCUCAAAAAAAUUACGAAAAUGCCACCGCGUCAAGAUAACUUCAGAAACCUGGAUUUUUUUUUUGCAGAAAGUUCGUGUUUUUGAGGGGGUCUAUAAGUUAUAAUUUUUUGGUUAAAAGUUCAUGUUUUUUGCUUAUAAGUUAGACUUCUCAGUUUCUCAGGCUAAGAGCACUUCUCAUCUGAUCCGCUCCCUAUAUAUAUAUAUAUAUAUAUAUAUAUAUAUAUAUAUAUAGAGAGAGAGAGAGAGAGAGAGAAUGAAUCUGAUGAGAAGCUUUAUACGGCUGAAAAAUGAGAAGCAAUAGGAGCUGACCGAUUAGAUCAAAUCUUACGGCUCUCCUGCUCUCCUAAUUAAAUAAAUCCAUAUACUCCCUCCGUCCUGGAAUUAUCUUCAAUCUUUCCUUUUCGGUUCGUCCCAAAUUUAUCUCUUUUUUCCCUUUUUGGUAAAGAAUAUGUGGUUCACAACCAUUCUUACAUAUUUCUCUCUCCUCUGCACAACUCUCCACCACACAAAUCCCACUAUCUUAAAACACGUGCCCGGUCAAAAUCGGAGUUAAAUAUGGGACGGAGGGAGUACGUAUCGGUAUUUUCAUUCAUUCAGGUAUAGUUUCUGGCGUUCUCUCUCCAUUCUCGUCUCAUCCUCAGUUCGCUGCCUUUUCUCUCGGAUGAAAAAAAAAAUGAAGACCUGCUAAUCGCAAAAAGCUUCAACGAAGAUCAAGGCGCCGUUUUAAAAUGAGGACGCACGAAGGUUGUAGGAAACCCAAAAUUUCUCUCUUCAAUUACUCAUGCGACAGAGUAUCUCCAUUUUGCAAUCGCUUCUCUAGUUCCAUGAAGUUCAACCGUCCAACUACGAAGAUCGUGAUACCUCUGGCCAAUUGCAACAUUACAACGACGAACAUGGGCCAAAUCAGGAAGACCAUCGACGCUAGGUUAUUUCUCGAUAUUAGAAUGAGAAGAUGGAAGACAUAAUUGACAAUGACUUUGGCAAUGAAAUGAUUCUAGAUGAUACAGGUGUAAAUACAAAAGCCAAUUGUCCAAACCAAAAAUAGUUGACAUGACAACAGUGUUGAAGCAAUGAAGAAAAAGAGAAAGCGUGGAUCAGAUUAAGACGGCUUUGUUAAGAACUAGAAAGUUCUUUUUGGGGGACUAAGACUUGGAUGUUAUUAUUAUUUUGUAACAUAUCUAAUUAUAAUGUCCUUUAUAUAUAAAAAAAUGUAAUGUAUUGAAUUUCUAUGACGUCAUAGUUUUUAUUUUUUAAGUAUGUAUUUAUAUAGCAUAGAAUCGAUUUAUAAUUUAAUAUUUAAGUCUUGUUCCUUUUUAUGGUAAAGUUUUUGUUGGUAGCAUGUUUAAAUUUCUUUUAUUUUAGAUGUUUUUCCGCAAAAA